UCGAACUUCUACCGCUUGCUCGUCUGCCUCAGAAGCGAAUAAGCAUAUUGAAAACUGGAUAAAACCACCUACUUUGCACGAAGCGGAACGGUUGAUGGGUGCAUGUAGACGCCAUCGAUACAUUGGUAAUCUACUCCCUCUCAAGCGAAUAUACUCCCGUUCAAGGCCUCCAUGCCCGUUGCACAGUGUAAGUGUCCUACUGUGUCACCGCGCUGCGAAGCCCAGCCUAGAAGUCUGCGAUAUGUCCCUGCAUCGACCACACUUCUGAGACCUUUGACAACUUCAACACCAUCAUUAGUCCUCCAAAAGUUCUCACUCGUAGCGCUGUAUGCUUCAUCUCUACUGAUUUAUUAACAAACACAAGAAUAACCCUCACUGUAUAUGUCCACUGGAUAAACAACCCUCUGCCAUGUCGAAUAAAAACAAACAUCUUCAUUCCAAUUUUACCCACCAUGCCCGCGACAGUAGAUUGAUGGAAAAAAAGAUAGGCUGCAUCCUCCGGGAGUCGAACCCGAACCAAUUGCUUGGAAGGCAAUUAUCCUACCGUUGGACCAAGGAUGCUGAUUUCUGACGCCAUCUAUCCUACGGAUGAGAUCAAUGCGCGAGCUGUUGCUCUAUGGUCUUCGAUGGAAAAACGGCGGGUUUUUUGCAAUAUAUUGGCUGCGUUUCGACGGCGGCAGCGAUGGCAAGACAACGGAUCGAUUUGAGUGGUGAAAUUGGUGGCGGUGAGGAUGCGUGCGGGGCGUAGUGUAAUG